GCCUUUGGUACAUCUGCAUUUUUAUGUGAUUACCGUAUUGAAGGGAACAACCUCUCUAACGAAUGUACUUUUCGUGAUGUAUCUAGGACAGUCCUUUUGGACAUACAUACUGACCUAGGAUAGAUCGGUCCCACAAGAACGAUAAUACAGUGACUCCUGCCUCCCAAAUCACGCGUCUCUGUGUCAAACCACGCGACGCUCAAAUAACCAAAACAACCGAUUCCUUCCGCUGCUGUCCGAAAUCUACGCACAGCCAUCCUUUAUUUUCCUCGAAAAUCCGCUUCGCAUUAUGGUUUUCUUCUUUACAACAACAUUGAUCCUAUCACAUAACAAAAAGUCCUCUUACUCGAUAAAACAUACAUACGCAUCACUUCAGCGCAUCAACAUCGAAGCAUCAACACAGAAGAACACUUCAAGCUCAGAUCCUACACUCAAAAAUCUCUCAACAAUGUUACCCGUCGCCGUCCUCUUCCUCCUCACUGGCGUCGCUUUCGCCGCACCAACUCACAUCAAAUCUACCUCCACCUCAGCUACAAAUGGUGGUGUCGUGCCUCCUUUCCUAACGAAUCCGCCUCAAGCUCCUUCGUACGUCGGCCUGUCAGUGGAGAACGAGGCGGCUAGGAUCGAGUCGGAGGAGGACUGGGGGAUGCCAAGGGGACAAUAGGGAUCGGGCGUGACCCAACGAAUCGAACAUGGAUGGACAGUGGAAGGGUGCGAGAACUGGGGGAGGCCCAUUGCAAGGGGGGCUGAGCGGAAGAGCGUUGGACGACACAAGGCCUCAUCACUUCUCCCAAAGUUAUAUACCAAUCCGUCUAGUUAAACAAAAUUUAUCCUAAGAUCAACAUUCUUCAUAGCGAACACCC